GUCGUUAAGAGCCUAAACAAAAUCAUGACUGCGUAGGAGUUUUCGAUUGCCUUUAAAGUUCGAGUGCUUAAGGCAAAGUCAAAAGAUGUAUUUUAACUGUCGUUUUUUUAUCUUAUAUAUUUUUAAUUAUUAUCUGCAAUGGGAAACAGUGUAAUUGAGGCCAAUUAAAAAUGGUAUACAACAAUGUAUUAUGAGUAUUCAGUUUAUAGUGAGCACUCCAUGUGACCCUGAUUAAGACAUUUUACUUGGGCCUCGCCAUUCACUUUUUGAUGCAACCUCUUGUGAAUCACGCAUCAAAGAGCAAACACAGUCUAGGCUACUGGUCAACCCUAUUAGUAACGCUCUUCUGAACGAUGUAAUUUCAGCCUCUUCUGUAGAAAUUUUCAAGAUAAGGCUUAACAACCAUGUCAAUAUCUGAGGUUAACAUUUAUUGCUUUGAAUGGCUGUUACCUACAUGAUUUGAUGGUGACCGAGGCUUUUUCGCGUACUAGUCUUGCCGCAUUUCUCGCGAUUUAUCUAUUAUUAUUAGUAUCUUUCUACAUCUCCCUUUAUUGUUUAUCACCUCCGUUCGGUUUCCAUUUGUUUUUACAUGUAGUUGUUUGUUUUUUUUACGAUCAGUCAAUAAAUUUAUUUCAAACUUGUGUACUACAUCUAAUAGUAUUCUACUUUUAAGGUACUUCAUAAUACAACUUACUAGUUGGCUUCUUUAUAAAAAGGUAUUUCCUGGUUCCAUCAAACCCAAUGCCAUUGAACAGACACAUUUAUUUAUAAUGGAGAUAUACUAGCCUUCAAAUAAGUCUGAUUUAAUGGGAUUAGUGCAGGUGAUUGACUAAACUACCUACGUUGGUCGAUACUCGAAACCAAGAAUAUUACCUUGGCACUAAAAAGCAAACGGUAUUAAAAUAAAAGAUCUACAUUAACUUCUCACGAAAAUAUUACAUACUAGAAUAAGAGAAACUCGAGCUAUAGUCGAAGUUCUAGCACUUGUGCGUACACUUUGUUGAUGACUACUCCGAUAAAUAAAAGAUAAUCUCAGGUAAAAUAAGGGAAUUUUAUAUAUAUUGAGCAGGUGAGUAUAUAUCUACUAAGCCUUGAGUAAUAGCACUUUGAUUCCUGCAUCUGUGACUGAGGAAUUUUCCGAGUGAGAGAGACUUAUGAAACUCCUCAUUGUCUUUAAGUCUAUCAUUUUGGCUAGCCAGAAACCUCUGUUCCAACUUAGUGGGCCACAUGUAGAUGUAAGCAACACUAACAAAGAUUUAUCAGGAUAGAGCAUGCGGGCAAAUAACUUUGCUGCUGUUCCAUGUUCACUCAAGAUAGUGAAAAAUGUAAAGACGCACAAAUUUGAAUACUCUAACUUCAAUGCUUCUGUGUAAAAGAAUUGAUGACUUUAUUUCACCAGAUGUCUAACUCAAUAGUGUAUUUCAGAAAUUACUUUAAAAAUCAGUGUAUUUAGUAUUGAAUCAUGUGUAAUAUGAGGGUAAUUGAUCAAUUAAAUCAAUCCAAUUAGUGCCUAACGCCUCAAGAGAAUUAUUGCUUGUGAAACGUUUCUAAUGUGUAACUACUUAAGAUCGUACCCCAAUGUAUACAUACAUAAUUUUUAAUGCACUGUCAAGAAUAAAAACAACACGAGUCCUAGUGUAGUCACGAAAAAACUUCAUUUUAUAUUCUUUCUUUAGACUAGUGUUUUCCACAAUAUUCAAUUUGAGUUAUAAAUAAAUCUUAUUGAGAGGCUUUUUCCGAUAAUUAACAACAACGUGAUAGUUACUUGUUUAUAAUUGUCCAAUGACUUCAAAAAUGUUUGUUGAAUCAUACGGUGAUGAAGUUUCUCGUGUAUUUACAUUGGAGAAAAGUCAAAGUCGAUCAAUUAGCUCAUUAUUUGAUCUACACUUAUCAUGGGUGACUUUUAAGAAGUUUUUUCUUCCUGUUGGAUAUCCAUCUAGUGUUAGCAAUGAUUAUUUAGAAUAUCAAAUUUGGGACACUAUACAGUUAGUGUACCGUUAUGAUAAUUGGGUUCUUUGAGUCCAAAACACCUCUCUAGGAUACGUACUCGGCUUUCAAGAAGUACUAUUGGAUCGUGGAUUUGAAUACUUCUUCAACUAAUACGAGUCUUUAACUCGUUUACAAAGUAUAUAUUUACAUACUUGGCUUUGAACUACGUUCGUUUUGGGGUUAUUGAUACGAUCUGUAUGCCAAAACUUGAGUUGGUGUGGCGUUCGGUGUUAGGUGGUUGUAGGUGGAUAGUCAACAUGAUACUCUAGACAUAGAUUUCUCCCUAGUUGGCACUGGUUAGCAAGGUGUUCCUGUAAUCCGGUAGUUUUAAUAGCCCUCACAUAAAUAGUAUGGCUGCAAGCCAAAUACAUAAUUCAGUUGUUGAUGAAUAAGUAGCAGCAAGACACAAAAGACGUUUCUUCUGAAUGGUGAUUCGGAUGUUGUCGUGUAUAAUAAAGAUUAUACUGAAGUAAAUGUUUUCAUUCACGGUGGCUGCGUUGCAUUUUUAUCGGUUAUGCACUGUAUAAAGUAUUAAGGUUUAUUUCUAAGCAAUAACGUCAUCAGAUGGUGGUUGGAGGUAUUCGACAGGAAGCUCUGAACCUAGGUUUCGUGCUACUUGGCAUUUGUCAGCAACGUGUACCUGUAAUCUUGAGGGAACUGAUGCUACCUGACGGAUUCGAUUCUGUGUCACCCAGCUUCACAGUCAAAGACGACAUAGAAAAUAUCCAAGGUUAAAACAUCGCCGCUGUAUAUCGCGAACUGACUGAAGCUGAGAUCUUACCAUUUUACCCAGUGAUUCUAAUUGUUAAAGGUGCACUUCAAUACCCGCAUAUCCUAAGUUCGAUUUCAAGUAAAGUCGUAGGUGUAUACUGUCAAAUAAUUCCAUACUAAGAUGACACAUCUAUCCAGUGCUUCUUAGUUUUUAAUGAUUAUCCCAGCUAAGAUAAAUCCGUCAUGAAUACUGUCUAUAUUCUCUAUCGUUAAUAUGACUUCCUUCUUUAUUUUAUACAGGCAUUUGCCAGCAGUAUCACUGGUGCUCUUGCAUCACAAGCAGUUUUAAUCGGUGUAGGUGUUGGGAACUCAUCAGCUACCAUAUUAAGUGCUAGUUUAACGUGGAUGUUUAAAGAUGGUUCAGGUAUGAUUGGAAGAAUUAUAUUUGCUGGUUAUCAUGGGUAGUGAUCGAUUGAUUUCUUAAAAUUAACUAUAUGAUACUACCUAUUAUCUUGUAGAAUUAAAUUAGACUGUGAUUGCAAAUUUUGGAGAUUUGUUGCUGAUAUCUUAAACGAUUGUGCUUUAUUCCUUGAACUAAUUUCUCCACUAUUCAAUGAUAUGUUCACACCGUUACUUUGUCUUGCUAAUGUACUUAAGUUUCCAGGGAUUACUUGCUCACUUGCGCCCGUUACUCCCAAUGGAGCAUAGGCCGCCAACCAGCAUUCUCCAACCCAAUCUGUCCUGAACCUUCCUUUCCAGUUCUGUCCAAUUUUUGUUCAUUUUUCUCAUGUCUGUCUCCAUUUCUCGACGUAAUGUGCUCUUUGGUUUUCCUCUUUCCCUUUGACCUUCAGGAUUCCAUAUGAGGACUUGCAUUAUGACACAGUUGGGUGCUUUCCUCAAUGUGUGUCUUAUCCACUUCCAGCGCUUCUUCCUGAUUUCUUUCUCCGCUGAGAUCUGGUUUGUUCUCUCUCACAUCUUUAGUUGGUGUCGCUGGUAGUGCAACACGUGCAGCUAUUGUUCAACAUCAAGCGACCAAUAAUAAUUUAGCUGAUGUAUCAGCUAAAGAUGGUAGUCAGGAAACCUUAUCUAAUUUGUUGGCAUGGUUACUUAACUUUAUUUUGUUAUAUAUGGUGACCGGUAAUCAAUUUUGUAUUUGGUUCUGUUUUAUUUGUUGUACUAUUGUACAUUUAUAUUCCAAUUAUCGUGCUGUAAAAUGUUUGAAAUUACGAACAUUCAAUCGUACACGUUUUCAUUUAGCUAUACAACAAUGGUUUGAACAACAAUUUUGUCAUGUUUUAAUGUCAAAUAAUAACAGUAAUAAUGAUGAUGUGAAUAAAAUAUCUGAAUAUCUUCUAAUGAAUAAAUCAUUUCCACAUGUUAUAUGGGUUAAUGAAUGUGAACCUAUCUUAUAUAAAACUGAUCAACCUACAAUUAUAAUGGGUUGUUCAUUGUAUAAAUUACCUAUUGAAGGACAGAAAUUACUACCUAAUUUGAUACGAUUAUGUGAGAAAAACAAUUACAUUUUGUAUUGUUCAAAUUGGGAAUGUAUUCAACAAGGCAACUCAAUUAAUCCAUUGACAAUGUAUAUCGUUCUAUUUUCUGAAUCGAAACCUUUGGAUCAGCUCAAAGCUAUGCUGCAUGUAGAAUUGAUAACAUUCAUAGUAAAGUAUCCCUUGAAAACAAUAUUACCUCAUAAAAUAUUGGAAGAAAUAAUUCAAGCAAGAGAUUAUUAUGAAUUUUUACAAUCUACUAUAAAUCUUGUCAAUCAAUUAUGGAAUCCAUUCAUGAAUUCAUUACAAUCAAAUCAUGAUUGGAAUUUAGAUUCAUUUCAAUUUGCAUCAGAUGUAUGGAGAUUAAAACGAAAUGAAUAAAAUAUCACAUAGAUCAAUUUGAUGAAGAGUUCAACUAUUGUAAUCUGUAUAUUUUCUAAUUGAUGGUUUUUUCAUUUGUAAUAAAUGUUUUGAUAUGAAUUUGAAAUGUUGAUAUAAAUUAGGAUGAACCAACUAAUCAGGUAAUAAGAUAUGAGGUCUUGGAUUUUGUUCACAAAAUUCACUCACCCAUUUGGCUAAAUAACUCCGUCUGUAGCUCUUCUAGAGUUACUGCCGGUUCCAAGCUCGGGUAAAGGAGGAGGGUUGGGCAUGGGUUUAACAACCCCCAUCCCGUAGAAAACUAACUCACUAAAAGAAACUUAACCAGAAUUUGGCCAAAUAGCUUCUUGACAUUAUAGUUUAUGUCAGUUCGUGAUGAAAAACCUGAAAUCUAAUUCUUAAUCAUCAACUGUAAAUGAUAAUUCGAAUUCCUCAAACAGAUUGAUAACGCCCCUAAAUUCUCUGGUACGGGUAUGUUCUCACACGCCCACACGCAUACAGCCUCUGCCAGGGAAGUCCUACUCACUGCUUUCUCGUGGCGGGGGGUGUUGUUUACGAAAAUGAGAGGACGAGAAGAGAAUGUCUGGCACUUUAACCGGAUCCAAAACCAAUGGUGGACAUGGGCUCCGGCAUCCUGCGGGAACAAAUGGCGUAUGAACCAAUCGUUGGUCACCGGCUACCAUGGAACUACAUUUCCUCAUGAUGCUUCACUGCCUUGUGGGUCGAACCUUUAGGUACAAGGCUCGGGGUAUGGCCACCUAAGUAAACCACCAGCUUCGGUCUAGGCACCCGGGCAGUAUCACAGCCCACACACAAACAGAAUGAAAUGACGAUACUUACGGGAAAUACUAUACUUGCUUCGAUUAACGAGUGUGGCGCAUAUAUAUUUGGUGCCAUCUUGUACCAAUAUUUAUGUGUUCAAAUAAUAAAAUAAAAUAUUUGAUCCUAGUUAUUAGGCGGACACUCUCAAUGUUACCUUAACGUCAAUCAAAGAUCAUCCAUAAAUUAUAGUCUCAUCUUUAAGAUGAAUUUAUUAUCAAGCAUUUCUAAGCAUUUUUCUGCGUAUUUAGCGGGUGAAUGUUGCAUAUAAGCUUAAUCUAAAUUGAGUAUUAGACGUCUAAUUCUAACUUUAAACUAAGAUUUUUAUCCAGUGAGUUAGGACACACUAGAAAAAUAUGUUCAUUGAAUAUGCAUGUACAGGAAUUUAUAUGGUUAACA